AUGGAAGGGGAAUCUGUCACUAACUAUUAUGCUAGAACCAUGGAGAUUUGUAAUAGGAUGUGGUUUCAUGGUGAGAAGAUAGAGGAUGUCACCAUAAAGGAGAAUAUUUUGCACUCCAUGACGCUAAAGUUUAACUAUGUCAUUUACGCCAAAGAGUCAAAAGAUAUAAAUGAAUUGUCUCUUGACGAGUUUCAAAGCUCUUUUUUGGUGCAUGAGCAAAAAAUGAAUCGUAAUUCAACCUCCAAGGAACAAGCUUUAAAGACUUCUACUUUUAUUUCUUCUUCCAAUUUUAGAGGAAGGGAUAAAGGUAGAGGUAGAGGUAGAGGAAGAGUAGAUCAAGGUAGUAAAGAUGGUGGCAACAUAAAUGACAACGAGAAUUACAAAAAUCAAUGA